UUCAGGGAGUGGAAGAAAAGAAAGAAGAGCAAUCCAGAUGGAAAAAAUAUGCUACUUCUCUGUCUCAGCGUGGGGAGUGAUUGUGGUCCCAAUACUGCACCAGCUAAGCCAAUGACGAAACCUCUUAAAUCAGAAUCAAAGGUCAAAUGCGAGUUGCAGAAGAAUACGCAUGAGGCGGUGAUCAUAACAAUUCAUUUGUUUGAAAAAAUAUCACUGCCAGGAGCUACAAGGAAGAGAAAGGUCAAGGAUUUAGGUGGGGAUGACUUCAAUAGGGAGAUGGUAUACAAAAUAAGAAGCAAAGGAUGUAUUGUGAAGAAGCAUGGAGCACCACUGGCUCCUGAAAUGGGUGUAGACAGAAGAGACUAUUACCAGUAUGAGGUUCAGAUAUUCAAUGCAGGUGCACUCAUGUGGAAGGAGCCGAAUUCUUCAAGACUGUUGGUGAGAACUCAUGCUGGGCCACCUGAGAAAUGGGCUUCAAAGUUGGUCAUCUCUAAAGGUCUCGCUGCUAUUCAGUUUACAGAAACUUUUGCAGCAGACGCAGACCAGGAGCAACUUCAAGUCUUCUACCUUCUGCAUACCGAACUGGAUGAUGGGGAACUAGGAGGGCUUAACAACCGGCUGAAAACACAAGUAAGCACGAGAGAGCUGCUUACUGGGAAGGAAAUGGUGGUCAGUAUGGUCUGUUUGUUAAAGAUAUUACUCCGGGCAGAGGUUUCAAAGAAGAGAAAGAUGUUUCAGAACUUCUCUCUAAUCUUGAUGCUGGACAGACGAGGUGUGAACAUGCGUGAAGAGCUCAGGUCACAAUACAGUACGGUGAUUAGAGCUCUCUUUUCCCUGGAGUUAGACAUCGCAAAGGUAAAGGUGGGAACUAGGAAGAACUCAGAAGUUGACAGAAAGAAGCAGAGUUUGGAGCUCAGGUUAACUGAACAGGAAUAUCCUAGUUGUUAUAGAACAGGAACUUCUGGCAUAACAUCAUGGGAAGCUAUGAACAAAGAAGUAGAUGAGUUCAUAAAAAUAUAUGGAGCACUACAGGAGGGAAGCAUGAGAGUUCAAACAGCACCACUUGCAAAAGGGAAUAUGAAGCUGAUUGCCUUUGCAGUUCUGCAACUCUUCUCUACAACUGAGACAGAUUACAUCGAGAAGAUCGUCGCUCAGUGCGCUGCACAAUCUAAACGAGGCUUAAUGGAAACUGGUUUAAAUUGUACGAGCAGUAAAGGUCAAUCUGAGGAUGUGCUAACAGGAACCACAGUCAAAAUGGGUUACACAGAGAUCAUCGUGGCAGGUUGAAGAUCAUCACCUUGAGGACAAGGUGAAUUUCAAAGGCGGGAGUAAUGAUACAAGUGGUGAUCUUUAAGGAUCAAAUGAUUAAUGGAUAUGGAUUACAAGUGGCAAAGUAACCUUAGUAAGGUUGGGUUAGUCUAAAAGUAACCAUGGUUUAGUUAAUGGUUUAGCUUUAUAAUAACGUGAGAGUGUGGAGGGAGAGGGAUCGAGAGUUUGAGUGAUUUUAGAGAUGAGAGAAUGUGAGAUAUCUCUUGAUCUGUAAUCGUUUCCUCUGUAAUUCCUAAGUUCAAAUCAAUAUAACUAAGCUUUUCUUAUU